UAAACGUGCUUGGUCCAAACAGGCGGAGUAUUUCGUGUUCCUUUGCUCGCGUUCGUCAUGGCAUCAGCCGAGGAAAUAGCUGUCUCUGCACUUGUUUACGAUUAUCUUCUAAAAAAAGAUGCGAGUCUCGCUAAAGUGUUUCAGAAGAAGACGAAUGCACUGGUCCUCCCGAAGGGUUCGCCAGGGAUUAUCGACGUGCUGAAGCACUACCAGAAGACAUCCCAGAAGAAACUCACAAUAAAACCCACGUCAAAGUCCAAGGACUCAGACUCGAGUUCCUCAAGUGAAGACGAAGCGCCUCCAAAACCCCAAUUAAAUGGCACGACAAAGGCUCAGAAAAAGCCAGCCUCCUCCGACUCGGACUCAUCAGACUCUGAGGAGGAGAAGGCCCCUGCCAAGGUGGCCCCCAAAAAGCCCCAGUCGCCAGUAAAAACCACAGGAAAACCAAUAAAGAAGGACUCAGACUCCUCGGAGGACAGUUCUUCAGAAGAAGAAUCAAAACCUGCGGCUAAACCGGCUGUCAAAGCUGCGGCUAAACCGGCUGCCAAACCUGCAGUAAAACCAGCUUCUUCUAAGGAUGCCUCUGACAGUUCCUCUGAUAGUUCCUCUGAGGAAGAGGAUCCAAAGCCCACCAAUUCAUCACCAGCAAAGCCGACAGCUGCUAAAGUCCCCGCGAAGAAACAAGAGUCCUCGAGUGAUUCAUCUGAAUCUGAAGAGGACUCUAAGACGAAAGUAGUGGCUAAACCACCAGUAAAAGCGCAACCAAUGAAACCAGCCGCUAAGGAGUCACUUGAGGACAGUUCUUCAGAGGAGGAGGUAGUCGUCAAGAAUGCCCCAAAGGUAUCAACUGGUAAAGCCAAGGAAGUCCCUAAGAAGGAGGACUCGUCAGAUUCAGAAGAGGAUUCAUCUGACGACGAGAAGACAGUGAAGGCACCUGCGAAGACAACUGCCAAGCCUGCGAAAAAGCCUGAGAGCAGUGACAGCAGUGACUCCGAAGACGAAUCACCGAAGACAAAAGUUGUAAAAACGCCGGUUAAACCACCCGCUAAAGCUCCCGCAAAAACCCCAACUAAAAUCCCAGCCAACUCCCCGUCAUCUGAUGAAAGUGAUUCAAGUGAUUCUGAUGAUGAACCUGCUAAGAAGCCAGUGGCGGUCAAGAAAGCCGAAUCAGAUUCCAGUGAUUCGGAUUCUGAGAAUGAGGCUAAAGCCCCUGUCAAGAGUGUGACAAAGGUAGUGAAAAAAGAGGAAUCGAGUGAUGAUUCGAGUGAUGAGUCUGAAGAGGAGAAGCCCAAGCCUGCGGUGAAAGUUUCACCUGCCAAGAAGGCCAAGAAGGAGGAGUCGAGCGAAGAGUCCUCGGAGGAGGAAGAGAGCGCUCCCAAGAAGCAGGCGAAGAAAGCACAGAAAGAGGAAUCUGAUAGCGAUGAGGGACCUCAGGUGAUACCUACCCAGAAGACACCAGCACCUGGAGAGAAGAGGAAACGAGAGGAUGAUGAUGAGAAACCACAGAAUAAAUUCAAGAAGAAUGAUUAUAGCAACUUUGUCAAAGGAGGAAUGAAUGGCGAUAAGUCCCAGAAAAAUACACCAUUCAGACGUGUUAAGGACGACGAGAUAGCAGUGCCAUCAGAACUAGCUAAUAAUUCCUUCGAAGCCAAGGUUGAGGGUGAAGAAGAGGUUGAGGGUUUCAAGAAGCACGGAGGGGAUAGGGGAGGCCGGGGUGGAUUCAGGGGCUCCAGAGGUGGAUUUGGAUUCCGCGGGGGUAGAGAUGGUGAACGAGGGGGCAGGGGAGGGGGAAGGGGAGGAUUCGGAGAUCGUGGGGGAAGAGGAAGAGGAGGAUUUGGUGAUCGGGGAGGUCGGGGAGGUUUUGGCGACAGAGGAGGUGGUAGGGGAAGGGGAGGAUUUGGUGAUCGUGGUCGGGGUGGCGAUCGUGGGGGCAGAGGACGAGGUGGCUUCGGUGGGGACAGACGAUCUUUCGGGGAUGACAGAGGAAACUUCGGGAAGAACUCGUUUGGGGGGCAGGAGAGAAAGUCUUUUGGAGGAGUCGGUGCUUCACCUGCGCAGAAUAAGAAGAUAACUUUUGAUGAUUGAAAAGGGCGCGCGUGGCUCGUGGGGAGAAAAGGCGAAUCUUGACCUUAAGUACACGAAGGGAAAAUCAUUCAGGCACGAGAAAACGAAGAAGAAACGCGGUGCAUACAGAGGCGGACAGAUUGACAUGUCCGUCAAUUCCAUC